AACUUUCAUAUUAAAAUCCCUUUCAAAAGAAAAAUAAAAUAGAGAGGGAGAGACCAACAAAAAUAAAAAUCGCCGAAGAGUUCAUCGGUCCUACCUUCUCCUCCGACGGAUAAUGGCUCCAACAGUACUUUGGACUGGUAAUCAAAAGGGCAUAUGACUUUCACGGUUUUUUUCUGGUAAAAGUCAUCAAAUUUGCAAAAGACCCAACAAGACCCAUUUGUCUCUCCAUAGUCUUCACUGUUGAUAAGAGUCUGUAAGAAGAAGUGUAGGUCACGACUAUGAGCCUGGUGUGAAAGAGAGACCAUUUGUUUUUAUUCGUUUAUUAUUUACAAAGCCAAAAAACAACAGAGAGAAAGAGAGAGAAGAGAAGAGGGAGGAGGAGACAAGAACAAUGAGUGUCUCUUUGAGUGUGAUGACAUUCAAUCUUCACGAUGAUCAAUCUGAAGAAAGUCCUAAUUCAUGGGAUAAAAGAAAAGAUUUGUGUCUCAGCGUCAUCACCAGUUACUCCCCCGUUAUUCUUUGCACCCAACAAGGUGUGAAGUCGCAGUUAGACUAUAUUCAGCAGGGUUUACCAGGGUAUGAUCAAUUUGGCAUAUCAAGAAAAGGGCAUGAGGAUCCCACUGAUGAAUCUUGCACCAUCUUCUACAACAAGGAAAAAGUAGAGCUGCUGGAGGGUGGAACAUUUUGGUUGUCAGAGUCUCCCUCGGUCCCUGGAAGCACGGCAUGGGGUUCUGAAGUUCCCUGUAUAGCGACAUGGGCCACAUUCCAACUUAAACGUGUGGAGCCGCCGGGCUUUUCGUUUCAGAUAGUCAACACAAACUUGGAUGAAAUCAGUCCUCGGGCCCGUAGGCGAAGUGCUUUGCUCACGUGGCAACACAUGGCAUCAUUACCUCCCAGCUUGCCCGUUGUCUACUGUGGAGGAUUCAACACACAGAAGGAAUCAACAACCGGAAGAUUUCUCUUGGGCAGAUCUAGAGAGCAUGGUGUGGUAGGGGACAUGAGAGACGCAUGGCCAAGUGCCCGAGUACGAAAAAAUGUCGCCCUCAUAAGAACAUAUCAUGCUUUCAAAGGUGACAAGCAGGGAACGGUCGAGUUUCUGAAGCUAAUAUUCAGAGCGCUAUGCCUCUGCUGGGACCGACAGACACAAGAUCUACACACCGAUUGGAUACUCUACAGAGGUAGGUCUGUAGUUCCCGUGAUGUGCGAGGUGGUAAAUGACAAGGUCGACGAGUUGUACCCGUCGUCUCACUACCCUGUGUUUGCUGAGUUUAUGCUUCCUCGUUCUGUAAGAAUGCUUGAACCUACUCCUCCUGUUCCUACUUCUGCUCAAGAAGAGGAAAGCUAGAACCGCUUGUUCCUGUCUUUGCUUAAAGCUUUGGAAAAUAUUGUAUUGUUGUGCACAUGAGCUCUGAUUUUUCUCAGAGCCUAGCUUAAACUUAUUCAAAGGAACUAACUACUCUGUUUGUUUUGUUAUAA